CGAAGGGGCCAUGGAAAAAAAUAUUCUUGGUUUCCGAAGGAAGCGAAGCCCCCUGAUAGCUCCGCUGCAACUCCACCGGAUGCGCUGCGUCGCUGCUUCACCGACAGGAGGAAAUCGUCUUUUCGAAGAAAUAUUUUGUGUGCCAGGAACGACCUUCAUGAAGGGGUGUAACAGAUGUAUGUGCAGGGAGACUGGCACGAGUGCAUAUUGCACCGCAAAGGACUGCUUAAUGCAACUAAGUUCAUUGUGUCUUCCCGCUGGGAGUGUGAAAAUAGUUGACUGUAACGUUUGCAUCUGCGGCUUUUCAAGGACAUGGGCUUGUUCGAGCUUCGACUGCCGACCACGAUUACACUAUGUGGACUGCGAAACAAGUGCAGCACAGUUUGACGAUUUUGAAACGUCGAUUGAGAACUGUCGGCCAGGCACCACAUUUCGACGAAACUGUAACUUGUGCUACUGCUCGGAGGAUGGUACGUCAGCAGUAUGCAGCACCCAGCCUUGUACCAGAAUUAAAGAUGAUGAUUGGGAAACCGAAUCAACACAGAUUACUAGAGUGUCCAAUCAGGAGUGUAGGCCAGGUACCUCCUUCAUGAGCGGCUGCAACCAGUGCUACUGCUCAGAGGAUGGUACAUCAGCUGUCUGCAGGUCCCGUCCUUGCAACAGCGUCAAAGGAACAUUACUACCACUGAAACCGAUCUGUGGAGAUGAAGGUGGAUGCAAAAAUAAUACACAAAUACAUCCACGUGGAGAAAAAGUUGGCACUGGAGGUAGAGUUGGAGGUAAAGGAGGUGGAAGUGGUGGUCAAAGGAGGAAAGGGCUAGCACUGCAACUGGUGAUUGACCAACUCCCAUGCCUGCCAGGAGAUAUUGUUUAUGAAGAUAACUGCUUUAGCUGCUAUUGUUUAGUGGAUGGUGCUAGCAUCUUGUGCUUAAAUUUGGACUGUGAACUUGAAGACAUGGGGUCGGCCCCACUGCAAACCUAUGCGAUUAACAGACCUAAGGUGGCGGAUGUUCCAUUGGUGACUAAGCAAGUGAAGUGCAGCUCGUCAGCAAAAGUUUUCUCGGAAGGCUGCAACUCCUGCAUUUGCGUGGAUGCAGACAGCGGUCCCGUGUGCACGAACUGGCCUUGCACGGAUUCUGGAAGAACUCACAGUGAUCCAAAACGAAUGAAGCGUUCAUCACAGCAUUGCGAGCCUUACACAGCGUAUAAAAAGAGCUGCAACAUUUGUUUUUGCAAUAUGAAUGGCACCAACGCUGUCUGUACGAAUCUUGCGUGUCACACUGGCGCACAGGGAGAUGACCCUGCUGCCAGCAGUCGCUGGGGUGGUGCAUUGGCCACAACAGACGAUAUUCAUGAAGAACUGCAACGUGCGCGCCUGCAGCAAGAGGGAGACCGACGGAAUCUGCACGAACAAAAAGUGCCCCGUUCCGAUUAUUCCAGCAUAAGUGCCGGUUAGCUUCGCAGCGUUACCACCACAGCAUGCAGUGAACAUAGUCCAUACCUACGGUAACGGCGAUAUGUCUCAUGUCAAUUAAUAACGACUUUAACC